AUGGGAGGAGCAGUCGUGGACGAUGGAGCUCCGGCGGUGAAGGCUCCAGACGGAGGCUGGGGUUGGGCCGUGUUGGCCGGCUGCUUCGUCAUCACCGGAUUCUCCUACGCGUUCCCCAAAGCCGUCAGCGUUUUCUUCAAGGAGCUGAUGCGAGAGUUCGAUGUCGGCUACAGCGACACGGCCUGGAUCUCCUCCAUACUGCUGGCCAUGCUGUACGGCACAGGCCCUCUGUGCAGCGUCAUGGUGAACAAGUUUGGCUGUCGGUGGGUGAUGAUGGUUGGAGGACUCUUCGCCUCGCUGGGAAUGAUUCUAGCUUCUUAUGCCACCAGUAUAAUACACAUCUACAUCUGUAUCGGAGUUAUUACAGGUCUGGGGCUGGCGUUGAACUUCCAGCCGUCUCUGAUCAUGCUGAACCGUUACUUCAGUGAGAAGCGUCCUCUGGCUAACGGCCUGGCGGCGGCUGGGAGCCCCGUGGCCCUCUGCUGCCUCUCCCCACUGGGACAGAUCCUCCAGUACCACUAUGGCUGGAGAGGAGGCUUCCUCAUACUGGGAGGCAUCCUGCUCAACUGCUGCGCCUGUGCUGCCCUCAUGAGGCCUCUGCUGCCCCCCAAGACAGCAGAGAUAGACGCUCCUGAAGCUCCACAGGAGAAGAAGCCCCAGAUAAAGAGGAAACUCUUGGACUUCAGCGUGUUCAGGGACAGAGGUUUUGUUAUCUACACUGUAGCAGCGUCUAUCAUGGUGCUGGGUUUGUUCGUGCCUCCUGUUUUUGUGGUCAGCUAUGCUAAAAAACUCCACAAUGAGGACACCAAGUCUGCACUGCUGCUCACUAUCUUGGGAUGUGUUGAUAUGUUUGCUCGGCCCGCCUGCGGACUGAUAGCGGGCAUCAAGUGGGUCAGACCCAGAACUGUCUACCUGUUCAGCUUCGCUAUGCUCUUCAACGGCUGCACCGACAUCAUCGGAUCACAGGCCACUGAAUACACAGGUCUGGUCAUCUUCUGUAUCUUCUUCGGGAUGUCCUACGGCAUGGUGGGAGCGCUGCAGUUCGAAGUCCUGAUGGCGAUCGUGGGGACGGAGAAGUUCCCCAGCGCUAUCGGCCUGGUGCUGCUGAUGGAGGCCAUCGCUGUGCUGGUGGGACCUCCUGGUGCAGGCCGCCUGCUGGACGCCUACAAACAGUACAUGUACGUCUUCCUGCUGGCGGGCUGUGAGGUCACGCUGUCGGCGCUCGUCAUCGCCGUCGGGAACUUCCUCUGCAUCCGGAUGAAGACGGGCGACCCCGAGGCGAAGCUGGAGAUGGCGGUUACCGCUGCAGAGACGGAGGGGCUGAAGGACGCCGCGGACAGCGAAGAAGAUCACGACGGCAAAGUGGAGCCAAAGGACAAAGAAAACGGAGAAAUCAGUGGUUUAAAAGGAGCAGAAGAGUCGAUGGUGGUCGAGGAGAAGAUGGGAGAAGAGAACACACCGUUAUGAAGAUAAGACUAGAGAGGAGAGAGGGGGAACUGUGCACUGAGAUAAAAAGUACUGAGGUUGAUCCGGAGCCACAAAGAGGCCGUAUGAACAAGGCUGGAGAAGAAACCAGCUGAAGAGAGCCGUAUUCUAUACACACCUCUCAUUCCACUAAAGUUGGGAUGCUGUAUAAAGCAAGUAAAAGCUGGAAAUAUUGUCUUUGCACUGUAUUCAAUUGCAAAAGUUGCAGUAGAUAAUUAACGUAGAAGCAUUCUGUUCUUGUUACGUUUCUCACAGCGUCUAAACUUUUAUGAAAUUGAGGUUUUAAUGGUAAAACACAGUCUGAACUUCUGUUGAUAAUGAGUUUUAAAUGAAGAGUUACAAAGAGUGUGAACCAGACAUUUCUUAGGGCGUGAAAACGUCUCACUUAACGCUAGUGUUGGGACAACGAAGCCUCAUGAAGCAUUUUCUUUGCUUCAUUAAGCUUCGUUGUCCCAACACUACUUUACUGGCAAUAAAUACCAGCUCUGCUGAGUAAGAUACAGUAACUUCUCGCAGUUUUGUGUACUUUUAUCAGCACAGUUUUUCACAGAAAGACCCUGUUUUCUUCAUUCAGGAGUCAAUAUAUUCCAGUUUCCAUUUCCCUAAUAAUUUGAAUAUGCGGGGCACUCAACAGUGUUGGGACAACGAAGCUUUGUGAAGCAUUUCCUUUAUUUUUUGACCCCACUAGAUGGAGGUCUUGGCUUUAAAAAAAAAAGGCUUAAUCAAUGGUGACUGAGUGUGUUUUCAGCCCUGUAGAACCUGAUAAUGUAAUAAAUUCCCGAUAAUGUAAUAACCCCCGAUAAUGUGAUAAAAAUCUGCACUUGAGUCCAUUGAAAAUGUAAUUAAACCUGAUAAUGUAAUAACUUCCCGAUAAUGUAAUAAAGUGCAUUUCCCAAUAAUGAAAUACACUUUUUACCAAUAAUGUAAUAAAGUAUAACAUUAAUGGAAGGUUUUUGAUAA